AGUCCCAUGUGCCAUUGGGCUCGCUAUGUAAUUCUGCUGCAGGUCGACCAAGCAUGUUCACUCUGUUGGUGUGUUGAUGUCAAUUCCCCUCGCUGUUUCUGGGAGCAGCACACAGAACCACAGCCAUGCCUGAGGGUCCAGAGUUACACUUGGCCAGUCUGUUUGUCAACAGGAUGUGUGAAGGGGUGGUCUUCACCGGCCCAGUAGAAAAAUCAGAGGUCAGUAAGAACCCCGAGGUCUCCUUCUCCUGCCCGGCUUACACCAUCGUCGCCACCUCCAGAGGCAAGGAGGUCCGCCUCACUCUAACCCCCCAGAAGAGUGACUCUACCCUGGGGAGAUGCAGGCGGGUGAAGGCAGGUCAGACCAUCCAGGUCGGGACCAUGGACAUCGUCUUCCGUUUCGGGAUGUCUGGAUUCUUCCGUUUCACCACGGAGGCGGAGCUUCCUAAACAUUCCCACCUGCGGUUCUACACCAAUGAGAAGCCCCGUAGGGUACUGAGCUUUGUGGACACACGCCGUUUUGGCAGCUGGCAACCCGACGGGACCUGGCAACCCAACCGAGGGCCCUGUAUCAUGUUUGAGUACCUGAGCUUCAGGGAGAAUGUCUUGUCCCACAUGUCCGACAGAGCGUUCGACCGGCCAAUCUGUGAGGCCCUGUUGAACCAGAAGUACUUUAACGGCGUUGGCAACUACCUGAGAGCAGAGAUCCUCUUUAGAUUAAACAUCCCUCCCUUUGUGAAGGCUCGGACGGUUCUGGAAGGACUUCAAACACAUCUGUCUGACGAGGACCGGAAGUCGGUUGUUAAAGUGGAGGUCACAGACACUGAGGUCACAGACAAGGUCAAAGAGGAGGUCACAGACAGAGAAAUCUCAGACAGAGCUGCUGUGAAGGAGGAUGAGAGUGAGACUCCUGACCUGCUCAGUCUCUGUCACACAGUACCUCUUGAGGUCAUCAAGUUAGGUGGUAAAGGUUACGACCCAGAGAAAAUGGACUACACUGGCUUUAAAUCGUGGCUCCAGUGUUACUUUGUGGACGGGAUGAAGUCCAUAAGAGAUCACAACGGCAGGACUAUGUGGUUCAAGGGAGACCCAGGUCCCAUGGCUCCUAAAGAUGCCAAAUCUCCCAAAGCAAAGAUGACCGUGAAGAAAGAGGAUGACCAUGAUUAUACAGGGGGAAAAAAGGUAAAGAAGGCCCGCUCGGAGAGCACGAUGAAGCCAAAAUACAGAAAGGAAACGGUGCAGAAAAAGGAAGUCCCUCGGAGACGAACAGGAAGGAGGAAGUGAAAGUAAACACGCCUCAGCACAGACCAGUGCUGGAGUUGAUAAGCUGUAAAGCUUUUUGAUAAUUUGUCUUUCAACAUUGCCUGCAUCGUGUGAUUUUUUGUAAUGAUUUGGAAUCCCUCCGUGUUCCAGCCCCACAAACGUGGAGUGGGACCAGGAACCGAGCCAGACAGACAGUAGAAGAAUAUUGUCAAUUUUCAUGGCAGGAGACAGAAAUGUGUAUUUUCAAUUCAGAAGCUGCCAAGUAGAACAAGCAAGUAGCUGUAGGCAUAGAGCUAUUACUGAACGGGAAAAUUUUUUAAAAAACAAACUGUCCUAUGCAAGAGAAAUCCCCUUUUUUUGUACCAUGUAAUAAACGUUUGAUAUAAUUUUA